AACCGGAAGUUUACCAACUUGACGAUAAAGUUGCAGUGAAGCUGUAUCGAGCUCCGCGCUGCUAACAGGCUAGCGGUCCCCAUCACCCCACAGCACGUAGAGGAAAUUUCAUCUGAAUUUCAUCAUUUUAAAGCCACUCCAACAACAACAGGACACCGAGGGAUUAGGUAGGUCGGUGCCCCACAGUGGGUGACUGAAAAGUGAAGGAUCCUCCGCGAUGGCUACGGAAGAGCUAUAUGAGGUGGAGCAUAUCGUGGACAAGAGGAGGAACAAGAAGGGGAAGACGGAGUACCUGGUGCGAUGGCGAGGCUAUGGUACAGAGGAGGACACCUGGGAGCCAGAGACUCACCUGUCCGCCUGCCUAGUCUACAUCCAGGAGUUCAACCGUCAGCAACUAGCCAAUCACAAAGACAGCCCUCUGCUCAGAUCCACCCGGACUACACCCCACCCGGCCACCGGCCAAGCCCCUCUCAUGAGCCACACCCCUCUUACAGGCCACUCCCCUGCUAGCAACGGCGCUACCGCCACUAGCAAGGGCUCGGCCACCAACGCCCGCAAACACUUCCCCAGCCAGCCCCAGCUUCCUAGCGGGGCCUCGGCCCACUGCAGCAGCUUGUUAGCAUCGGACACUGUUAGCGUGAAGCCUAGCAGCCCCCUGCUGCUGGCUGCCUCUAGACACAGCCGCCAGGGGCUGGACUGCAGGGAGCCGGGGCCCCUGACGUCGCCCUCCCAGUCCCCGGUCCUGAACCCCGGCGGCCGACGCCCAGGGGUGGACCUGUCCAAGACGGGCAUCAAGAUCCUGGUGCCCCGGAGCCCCAUGAACAGCCGCGUGGACGCAGAGGAGUCCCUCAGCGAGGGGGCCCACAGCCUGGAGGCCGGCUCCCAGGAGGCCCACCUGGUGCCGCCCGAGGUGGCCCUUUUAGUGAAGCCGGUGGGCGUCCUGCCGCUGAGGCCCGGGGAGGAGAGGGCCCGCAUGGGCAGCCGGCCGCGGGGCCAUCCCCAGAGCCUCCUGCCGUCCUCCCAGGUCUCCAUCACUCCUGCCGCCAUGCGCUCCCACAACGGAACAGGUUCCUCAGCCCUCAUGGAGGCGUCGUCGGCCAGCGGAUUGGCUGGGUCACAGAGCGCCACGGUGGGCGUGGCCAGCGCGUCCACGGGGAAGCGGCGGGUGGAGGAGCGCCACGCCUUCGACAAGCGUCUCCGCUACAGCGUGCGGCAGACGGAGAGCGCCUACCGCUACCGCGACAUCGUGGUCCGCAAGCAGGACGGCUUCACCCACAUCCUGCUCUCCACCAAGACCGAGAACAACACCCUCAACCCCGACGUGAUGAAGGAGAUCCAGAGCGCCAUGGCAACGGCAGCAUCGGACGACAGCAAGCUGGUGUUGCUAGGCGCGGUCGGCAACACCUUCUGCUACGGCCUGGACUUCCUGUACUUCAUCAGGCGACUCACCGAUGACAGGAAGAAGGAGAGCGUAAAGAUGGCCGAAACCAUCAGAGCGUUUGUGGACACCUUCAUCCAGUUCAAGAAGCCCAUCGUGGUGGCGGUGAACGGUCCCGCCGUGGGCCUGGGCGCCGCGCUCCUGCCGCUGUGCGACGUGGUGUGGGCCAACGAGAAGGCCUGGUUCCAGACGCCCUACACCGUCUACGGCCAGACGCCAGACACCUGCUCCUCCUUCACCUUCCCGCGCAUCAUGGGCGUGGCCUCGGCCAACGAGAUGCUGCUCAGCGGGAGGAAGCUGACCGCCCAGGAGGCGUGUGCCAAGGGGCUGGUGUCCCAGGUGCUCUGGCCCGGCACCUUCAGCCAGGAGGUCAUGCUACGCAUCAAAGAGCUCGUCUCCGUCAACUCCCUCGUGCUGCGGGAGUCCAAGGCGCUGAUGCGCAGCACCAACCGAAGUGCCCUGGAGCAAGCCAACGAGCGGGAGUGCGAAGCUCUGAAGAGGGUGUGGGGCUCGUCACAGGGCACAGACUCCAUCCUCAAGUACCUGCAGAAGAAACUAGACCAGCUUUAGUGGUCAUGGCGACUGCCACUCCUCCUCCUCCUCCUCCCGCCAUGUGAAAAGCCUCCAGUAGGGGGCCAACUGUUUCACACAACACGGCUAACAAUGACUCUGCUGUUCGGAGAGACCGUUGACGUUCCGCAGCCAUAUAGCACACCAUUUAAAAGUGACGCUUUUCACGUUUCAAACAACCCCCUCUGAAGCUGGCUAUAGACAAAGGGGCGGGAGAGAGACAAGCCAACAUUCUGAUUGGCCAAUAGGUUGUGAGGGAGAACCUGGUUACUGACGCCCUCUAAAAGAAAAACAGCACGGCCUUAUGGGAAAUACAAGACGACAGCGAAUCAAAAUGCCUAGAACACAAGUUUUGUGCAGGGGGCGGGGUUUCAAAUGGACCAUACAGGUGUUUUCACCUGUCAGAAGAACAGAUUGUCUGUGUCCCAAGUGUCUUUUGGACGCACAACAUUAGCUCCACUCUGGAAUGAAUGUUGGUCUACACAGCAUUGUCAUUCCAAUAUCUGUAUUCUAUAAUUAUUUUAGGAUUAUUAAUAAUUUCCUAUCCGUAUUGCAACCGUGUACAGUUAUUUUUGUUAAUAAAUUCUGGUCCGAGUGGAUCCGUUGUGA